UUCAAACUCUUUGCAAUUUUUUCUCUGAGAAACUCCUUUCUGAUAUUGCUGCACCAUUUCUCGCCGCACACACACACACACACACUGUUGACUUUGGGCAAUAAAGAAGGAAACACACCUCUGAAUAAAGAACUAAACCACAGAAGGGAGGAGCAAAUAAAGAAAAGCAAAGCUGGAAGGAGCAGAAGAGGAGAAAUGAUCAGUGAUACGUGAUAAAAGAAGAAACACAAUCACUCCUGAAGCACAACAUCUACAGAAAUGGAGAGAAUCACAUGUAUGUGUCUUCUGCUCACAGCUGUGGUCAGUUCUUCUGCAGGAGCUCCGCGUCAGUAUCACUUUGUGAAUCAGAACCUGAACUGGACUGAAGCUCAGAGAUACUGCAGAGAGAAUCACACAGAUCUGGUCACUAUCAGUGACAUACAAGAACAGAAUGACAUUGAACAGGCCAUAAAGAGUAGCUCUGAUCGUGUCUGGAUUGGGCUGAAGAACACAUGGAUAUGGUCUCUGAGUGACCCUGCCUUCUACACAGAACAUGAGUCUCAGUUUAGGAACUGGGACACUAAACCACACCAACAACCAAAUGGAGAUGGAGACUGUGUUUACCUGGAUUGUGGGAAUGGACAGAAUUCUUGGAAUGGACAGAAUUGUGGGAAUGGACAGAAUUCUGGGAAUUAUCUUAAAGGACAAUGGCAUGAUGUAGACUGUAGUUCAACAAGGCAUUUCAUCUGCUAUAAUGGCAGCAGUAAAGGAUUCGUCUCUGGACAGGGGGAAAAGAACUGGACUGAAGCUCAGAAAUACUGCAGACAGUAUCACACAGAUCUGGCCAGAGUGAGGAAUCAGAGUGAGAAUCAACAGAUUCAGAAGAUCACAACAGUUAAACAAGUCUGGAUCGGUCUGCACAGACUCUGGGUUUGGUCAGAUAACAGCACCUCCACAUUCACACACUGGCAAUCUAAUAGACCCACAACCAGCAACACAAAUCAUGAUGACUGCGCAUUGAUUGAUCGCCAGGGACGGUGGACAGACGAGGACUGUUCAAAUCAGCGUCCCUUUGUGUGUUAUGAUGAUAAGCUGGUUCUGAUCCGAGAGAAUAAGACGUGGACUGAAGCUCUGAGACACUGCAGAAACAUGGACAUGGACCUGGUGUCGGUGGAUUCGGAGCAGAUGCAGCGAUGGGUGAAGAUCUUGUUGAUGAAAGCGAGUGCCUCCUCCACUCACGUGUGGCUGGGUCUGCGUCACUCCUCGAUACUGGGAGGAGUCUGGUACUGGGUCAACGGUCAGACCGUGUGCUACGAUCAGUGGGCUUCUGAUUAUGACAAAGAACCGAACAUUUUGGUUAAGAUGAAAGUUUGGGUGGCCAUCCAGACCCGUGAUAAUCACUGGAUCAGCCGUCCUGAAACUGAAGAAAUCAACUUCAUCUGCAUCAAGUGA